AUAGUAGCAGAACACACCACUGUUUGCAUGUGUCACCCAGACUUUACUCCAUCAAAUUUCCAAGAGGUGUCGUUAGUUGAUGAUGUAGACGGUGGUUGGGGGCAAUGGACAGACUGGACUUUGUGUUCACGUGACUGUGGGGGUGGACAGCGGUGGAGGCGGCGGGAAUGCAGUGACCCAUUACCCCUAGGACACGGUCAGGACUGCCCUGGUCACACGCUUGAGGGUCAGCUGUGCAAUGACCACCCAUGUAAAGGUCAAUGGGGCUGCUGGUCCACAUUGUCCCUAUGUUCUGUCACAUGCGGACAGGGUGUGACGUCACGCACAAGAAUGUGCAGCUCUCAUCCACCUGGACGGAAGUUCACCAUUACUUGUGAUGGCAGCAGCGAGGACUUCUCCAACUGUGAUAUGGGACCAUGCAGGGUGGUAGCAAUUGCAAGCUCGCUGUCUGAGGACGGGUACCUAUCACGGCCGCGGUUCAGCCUCGGGCAGAUGUUCCUCGUUGGGGCCCUUGCCUUCUUCCUUGGCGGUUCUGCAUCCCUUGUGCUCUACGCCUAUGUCACAAGCUUCUGUCGUGCAAUGAAGGACGCCAAGCAGCAGGAGCGCCUGCAGGCCGCUCAUCGUAAACAGCGGGAACAACACCAGAAGCGCCAGUCAGAGCUCUCUGCUGCCUCCAUCCACUCAUCGUUGCGCUACAACCCUUCAGUAACAUCACAGGCCAGCAUUGAGCACAUGUUCGGUGGGAGGGGCAAGGUGUAUGACGUACAGGGCAUCUCAAAGGAUGUUAUGGGUGAACAAGCAGAGCCGUACUACUCAACCAUUGACAAAAAGUGCACUCUACAGACAUUCACCAUCAAAGACCUUUAGCUCAACUUUGUCUUUGGUGCAGUGUUUAAUCUUUAAUUUCUGAAGGUGUUCAUUGUGAUAUCAUGUAAAUAUUACACUGAUUGGUUGAAUUCUGUUAAUUUUAAAACCAGUUUAUGUACUAUUUACUGUCAAAAUAACUUGUAUGUACCGUGCUAAUUAGCAGUAAAUCAACUUAAGUAAUAAAUAGGGAUGAAGCUUAGACUUACAAAUGGCAUUAUAAUUACUAAUUUCAUUGGUUGUCCCAUUUGUCAGGGCAUUUACGAAGAGACUUUGUCUACUCUUUAAGAAGAACAUGGAAAUUUACACACAUUUUUCUUUUCAUAGCGUUGAAUCAGGCGGUACUCCCCAAAUAGCCACUUAGAACUACUGAGAGCUACUACAAGACACUUAAAAGCACUAUGUAAUGUUAUAAAGAGAAGUAAUGAAAUAAAAUAUAUCCAAAAGUCCUACAGAAGCUCUUUUUCAAGUUGCUGCAUGUAUACGCAUAUCCAUAGAAUGCUCAAGAGAAUCUUCUUUUUCAAUAAAAAGACUUAUUUCAAUUCUAAUCAAACACUAGACAUCUAGAUUAAAUUCAAAAUUCAUUUUAAUCUGUCCACUUUUUACCGGAUUUUAAACUUGAUUAUAUAGAUGUUAAAUCUAUUAGUGCUUUAAGCAGCUCUCUAUUUUUCUUAGUAGCAAUUUAAGUUUUAUGGACAUCUCAAAAUUUCUUUCAAUGCAACACUGUUGAUUAAUACCAGUUUUUAUUUAUAGAUUUAUUAAUAUAUAUAUUCAUAGCUAAAUGAAUUGAUAUCGAUAUUGCAUUUUAAACAUGCUGCCUCAGAAAACUCCUUACAAAAAUGCUUCAUGUGUUUAAAUUUUAAUUAAACACAACACAGUGAAAAAUCUAGAUUAAAGUAAAAAAAAUAAUUAAUAGUCCUAAAACUAAAUCUUUUUAAACUUCUUCAUAUUUAUCUAUAAGCUAUAUAUGCAUUAAAAAUACCGGUACUAAUAUAAGUUCUGAGUAGCUCUUAGUAAUUCUUAACAGCUUAUAGCAGGACUUUAUAUCAGGGAAGACAUCCAUUAUAAGUAUAGCUCAGUGAUUUUUGAAUUGUUUAACUCCUGUAUUACCCAUGUAUUACUCCAUGUACAAUAAACAUUGACCUUAUUGAGGUUGUACAGUGUUACUUGUUAGCUCAGUUGUGUAGUGCUGCUUAUCCGAAAAGUGAAGCCAGCGCAUGCUGAACUUGUGUGUUUGUCUAGGUCACAAGGACACUGUUUUAUGCCAGCAAGAACAUUGUACAUAUAGGCAUUUUUAAAACAUAUGAUGUAUAAAAUCAGGUAGACAGGUAGAUUAUCACUGUGAUGUUGUGAAUGUGUGCAGCCCAUUCCUUCAUGACAGGUAGAUGUAGAUUAUCACUGUGAUGUUGUGAAUGUGUGCAGCCCAUUCCUUCAUGACAGGUAGAUGUAGAUUAUCACUGUGAUGUUGUGAAUGUGUGCAGCCCAUUCCUUCAUGACAGGUAGAUGCAGAUUAUCACUGUGAUGUUGUGAAUGUGUGCAGCCCAUUCCUUCAUUUAUUCAGGUCCCUGGAUCUGAUCCACUCAAUUUCGUACAAUAGUUUGCUCAGUGUUAUAAUUAUCUUUGUGUGCUAUAAUCAAAUGUUGUAUAUUGUUAUCCUGUAAUUGCAUUUUCAGGUUUUAAAGUGUUGUGUUUGUUCCCAAAAUGACAUAAAAAAACCCAGUUUUUAGUCAUAUUUUUUAAUGAAAAAUUAAGAUAUUUGGAAUGGUGUAAAAUCGGGUGAUGGUCACAAUUUUUGGUUAAGUUUCUUUCCAGGUCAUGAAUUCAAUCGUUUUCAUCAAAUUGUUAUGAAACUUGGUCAGAAUACUUGUCUGCAAGUUGUCUUGACAAAACAUUAAUAUGGGUCACCUCAGGUAAAACAACCAGGUCACUAGGUCAAAUCUUAAAAGAAAAUAUAUGUCAUAAAUUCAAUAGUUUUUAUCUAAUUGUUAUGAAACUUGGUCAGAAUACUUGUCUUGAGCAGUUCUAAACAAAGGUUACCUCGGGUCAAAAAUAGGUCACUACAUGUCAAAUCCCCUGUCAUAAAUUCAACCUGUUUAAUAAAAUUUUCAUAAAACUUGUAAACAACUAAUUUCACUUGCUAUCCCAUAAACAGUAAAAAACAGACAUAAUGUCUGUUUGUCAGAUUAUUUGAAUCAUGACAGAUUUUUAUCUAGCUCUACUCAAACCUUAAGAAUAAACGGUAGUAAAGAGCAAAUUUUAAUUACUGCCCAAGAACCACAAAUCAAAAUGAAAAAAAACAUCAUAAAAUGAAAAUGCAGCUUAAAUGCGGUGUACCCCAUUGUCCCAUGUUUUAUAUCUUCACUAAAAACAAUUCUUUAUCUAAAUGAUGCAUUCUCUAAAACUGAGCCAAUUAGUAUUUUUCAUAAAGACAUGUUUUGUAAAUCUUAUCAUACAGAAUAUAAAGAAAUGCUUAAAAAUAUUUUCAAAUGUUAAAUUUGAAGUUGUCAUUUAUUGCUCAUUUUUAUGAAAAGUGUAUUGUACAAAAAACGUAGCAACUUUGACCUGCUAAAAGUGUAUAUAUUUAU